UCUUGUAAUUUUCUGUUCCUCCCUCGUUUCCUUCGAUCACCAUAACCAUGGAAGCUGGAUGUUCAGGCAGCAGCCGUUGCCGAAACCAUAAGCGGCGAAAUGGGUUUUUCUUCAGAUUUCUUUGUUACACAAGGAAUAGCAGUGAUGAUCAUAUAAGCCCCAAGAAUCUGUCUUCUUCGGUUUCUUCAAGGUCGUACGAUCAUGGCGGAUUUGAAGAACGUCAACAACCCCAUUUCUUGGAAGCUUGUUUCCUUUGCAAGAAGUCUCUCAGGGGUAACACAGACAUCUUCAUGUACAGAGGGGACACGCCUUUUUGUAGUGAAGAAUGCAGAUACAAACAGAUGGUGAUUGAUGAAGUUAAUGAGAAGAGAUUAAAGCUUUCUGCAACGCUAAAAGCUUUGCGUACAGGCACUGCGGUAGCUGCCUGAGAUCAAUCACCUUGUAAUCAUAUUCAAAUGGUUGAAGAAACAAACGAUAUAAAUGGGAAGAUCCAUGAAGGAAAGAAGAGGGGAGGGAGAAGGGAAAAUAACAA